AUGAGUACAAAACACUUCUUUGAUUCUGCUGAUGGCUUGGUGGACAAAGCUGAACGUGGUGCAAUCGCUUUAAAUCCAGCAUUGAGAUACUAUGCACCUCACAAAAUUAUCUAUGAUACAACUCAUUCAAAUUCAAAAGUUGCCAUCAUUUCUGGAGGUGGUGCAGGUCACGAACCUGGUCACGCUGGAGUGAUCGGUCGUGGUAUGCUCACUGCCGCCGUUUCUGGUGAAAUUUUUGCUUCUCCAUCUGCUUCGCAAAUUUGCAGCGGAUUGGAUUUGGCAAAUACAGAUGCAGGUGUAAUUUUUGUCGUGAACAGAUACACAGGUGAUUGUUUGAACUUUGGUUUAGCAACCGAAAAGGCUCGCGCAGCAUUGGCUUACAGCGGUAACAAGAGCAGCGGAGGCGUUGAAAUGGUCAUCGUGGGAGAUGAUGUUGCCGUUGGCCGUGAACGUGGUGGCUUGGUCGGUCGUCGUGGUUUGGCCGGAAACAUUAUCACUUGCAAGGUUCUCGGUGCAGGUUCGGAAAAAGGUUUAAACGUGAAACAAUUGAAAACCUUGGGUGAUGCUUUGAUCGAGGGUACGGUAUCCAUCGGUACUUCUCUAGACCAUUGUCACGUACCAGGUCGCUCCAAAAAUGCGGAAGAUUGGGGUGCCUUACCCGCCGAAGCAUGCGAAAUCGGAAUGGGUAUCCACAACGAACCCGGAUUCAAAAGAUUGGACAAGACACCGCCAGCAUCCGAACUAAUUCGAGAAAUGUUGCAUCUGUUGUUGAACCAAAACGAUACAGAUCGUGCCUACGUUGCAUUUGACAAAGAUGAUGCACCCGCAGUUCUGUUGAAUAAUUUGGGCGGUGUAAGUCAAUUGGAAAUGAAUGCUUUAUUGAAUGAAGUGAUCACCCAAUUAGCCGAUACGUACAGCUUGCAUCCUGCACGUUGUUAUGCCAAUCAAUACAUGACUUCUCUCAAUGCGCCAGGCUUCGGUAUCUCUUUGGUGAAUCACAAGAAGAUCUUAAAGGAAACCGGACAGAAUGUUUUGGAAUUGUUGGAUGCACCGACUGAUGCUUAUGCAUGGUCAGGCGUCCGCACAGGCUGGGGACAAGCUACAGGAAAGCCACGCGAUCGUAAAGCAGAAGAACAAGAGGCGAUCGAACGAUUGAAAUCUGUUCGUCAAAAAGGUGGCAGUGUGAGCGGUUUAACGGAUGAUGCAAAAUCUAGUCAAGGUGGCCCAACAAACGGAGAUCCACAACUUACCCAACGUGCGAUCACAAAAGCAUGCGAAAAUGCAAUUGCAGCAGAACCAGAUAUGACACGAUUCGAUACCAUCGUUGGUGAUGGUGAUGCAGGUGAAACUUUGGAGCAUGCUGCCAAAGCUACGAUUGAAGCUUUGAAGAAAGGAGAGAUCGAUCUCAACAAUGCUGCAGGUACUUGUUUGAGUAUCGGAACAGUUUUGGAAAGUGCUAUGGGUGGCACGAGUGGUGCCAUUUAUGCUCUCUUCUUUGCCGGUUUAGUUCAAGGUUUGGUAACCGGUCCCGGCAAAGCAGGCCAACCAGCAACGAUUAAAGAAUGGGGUUAUGCAGCCCAAGCAGCAUUGACCAAUUUGGGUACCUACACACCCGCUCGUCCAGGCGAUCGUACCUUGGUUGACGCACUCACUCCAUUUUGUGAAUCAUUGGCGAAUGGCAAAUCUCUCGCGGAUAGUGUCGCAGCCGCCAAAGAAGGUGCAGAAGCUACAAAGACGAUGAGAGCUCGUUUAGGUCGUGCAACGUAUGUUGCUAGUAUGGAUGAUAAGAAAGACAUGCCACCAGAUCCGGGUGCAUGGGGUGUUUGGGCUUUGGUUGACGGUUUGAGUCAAGUUUUAAACUAA